AUUGCUCUAUCAAGAAUUCUACCGUGGAUGGAGCACCGUCCACAAUGAUAGGGGGUUAUACCAAAGGGCAAUUUCCUGGAGAUCCGGAUAUCGCCGGGAUAGGAAUCCUUGGGGUUUUUGUUGCUGUUACCUCGUUUGCAAUAUCUGCCGGUAUUAUAUCGAUAAUAUGGCAGCUAGCGAAGACAUUCCAUUGGAAGACGACCCAUAGUGAAAAGUAAGGACACAAACUUCUGUAGAUUCGUGGAGUACGUUUAGCUCGGCUAACAUGCCUCUUAUCCAGACAGAAGGUAGAAACGCGGCAUCAUACAAGUUUCUCUGACAUCUUAGAAUCACUGGUCCUUGCCUGCAGUGACCAGCAGGUCUUCACGGGAGGCGCAUACGCGCUCACACUUCGAUAUUGGAAAGGCUGUACAAUCUCGGCCUAUCACUAUAACAUCGUUGCGAAUAUGAUGCUGCUCACCUGCGCUACUCACCUGAUGUCGGUCACCAUCGUCAGAAACUAUUGGAAGUUUCCAUUUCUAGCCCUCCUCCGCGUUAUCAUAAUCACCUCUGUUUUCACAGUCACAGGGUUGCUUAUGACCAACCAAAAUUCAAACGCGAUCAUGGCGUUUCCAACUAGUAUACCAGAUGCAACGGAAACUAGGAGUUUGCUCUUUCUCCCAGCUGCUUGUUUCCAGGCCGGAGAGAAUACGGCCUUGGAAACCUUCAACGAGGUAACCUCAAGCGCCCGUACGUUUUUCAAGGAUAAUCUUGCUCGGUCGACACCACGCAACAAGGUCCAAGGCUGGAACUUGUAUAUAAUCACGAUGCUCUUCUAUGGGGCAGCCAUAAUUGCUGAAGUGGUUAGAUUCUUUCGACGGGGCAAAACGAGGCCCGGCUGGAGAAGUCACGUCGGCAGUAAAUUUCAAAAGUGCUGCGGCCUCGGAACACUCGCAAGGAGGCUCUUGCAGUAUAUAUACUCGGCUUAUCUUGUACUUGGUUGGAUCCUGAGUUGCGCCGUAGCCGUUAUCUCAACACGGUAUAUAUUCCAACUUCGGAAAUGGGUCGAUAGGUCGGGAUGGAUUUUGCUGGUGAACAACCAGAACCCGGAGAAUGACGCCAAAAGCUUUAGCCAGCUAGUUCCUAUACUUUCUAGCGUAUUGAUCGUUUUCAGCUUCGCUCAGAUUAUAAGCGAGAAAUGCACAAACCAUAAUAACCGCACACAUGCCGGCGAUGAGAUGCCAACGCAAGCGGGCAAGGUUGAAUAUCUCGGCCCUUCUAGGUACGAUAUGGUACCUCAGUCGCCGCAACAAGUUGGUAGAGAUGGUCGGUUACCCUGGGGACAUAGCCCAAACUCCAGUGGCGUCCAAAUAGUCACGCCGCUGCUCAGCGGUAACACAUAUUCCGCUACGACGAAGGCUUUUCAUUAUAACGUCUCGCCAGAACGGCCAGCAUUUCCUUCGCCGCCAUUUCAGUCGCAAGGCCAAACCCGGGAUAUAAGCCCGGCUUCCUCAUGUAAUGUAAUUGGAAGUUCGCAUCCUUCUUCUGAAUUGUUGCCGAGGCGACUAGAUGAGCCAGAGAAUAGCCGUGGGCUUUGGGUACGGCGUUCUUAAGGUCAAAGAAGAAUCGUCGUCCAUCCUGUAACAGGUACUUAGGUAGCUUUAAUUAUAAUCACGUCGUAGUUUGAGGGGCGUCCAGUAUUCUGAAAAUGGCUCUUGUUCUCGAAUACGUAUUCAUUUUUUUUCUUAUGGACAAAGUUGUAAGGGUUGAUACCUACCCAAGUACCUAAGGUAAAGAUGUUUGUAGAUGAGGUACCUAAGGCAUUGUAUCGUGUAAUAUGAUAG